AUGGCCGAAAACAAGUUCCUCAAAAUUGACCGUGACAGCUUCCCUUACAUCUUUAUGAAAAAUGUGGACAUUCCACUAAAGACGUACGAGAAGGGAAUCCUCCGGUGCAAUGUCUAUCUUCCUAAGGAUGCUUCUCCUUUCGGGUCUAUGACUUACCCGGUUAUUGCCACCUACGGCCCUUAUGGCAAGGAUGUUCCGUACGAGACUUUCUUUAAGAAGAGCUGGGACCAGGUCAACCCGGACAUGAAAUCGGCUCAUUCAUCCUGGGAAACCCCAGACCCGGGCUUUUGGACGCGCCAAGGAUAUAUUGUCGUUCGCACCGACGAACGUGGCUCUGGACAGAGCCCAGGGGAGCUCGACACCAUGUCUCGCGGCACCAGUGAGGCUUUUUUCGAUGUCAUUGAGUGGGCGUCAGAGCAGGAAUGGUCUUCCAGCAAGGUAGCCUUGCUGGGGAUCAGUUACUACGCAGGCACCCAGUGGCGAGUGGCCGCACGUCAGCCAAAAGGACUGUCAGCUAUUAUUCCCUGGGAAGGCAUGAGUGACUACUAUCGCGACCGGGUUCGUCAUGGUGGCAUUCUAUCUGACCGGUUCAUUGACUUCUGGUGGCACAACGGUGUUCAGCCAAAUCAGUACGGAAUGCCCGGUCGAGCCGCUCGAAAAUGGGGCGAUGAUACCCUCGAAGGAGACCUACACCCGGAGGCAUUGGUUUCCAAUCGUCGCGACCAGACUAAGGACACUGCAGCCCACAAGUAUAUGGACGAGGAAUACUACAAAUCGAGGAACUUUGACCUUUCUAGCAUCCAAGUUCCUCUUCUGAGCGUUGCAAACUGGGGUGGCAUUCUGCUUCAUUUGCGUGGAAAUGUCAUGGGAUGGAUGCGUGCCUCAUCGCCUUACAAGUUCCUGCGUUUUAUAGUCGGACGCCAUGACUUGCCGUUCUACUAUCCUCAGUCGGCCAGACUUCAAUUGUCCUUCCUUGAUGCGUUCCUCAAGGACAAUGACUACGACGGCUGGAAGUCGGGCCAGCAGCCUCGUGUCAAUGUCUGCCUGCGCAAGGGUGACUGUGGAGUUGACGAUCCUGAGCGGGAACUGAAUUUCCCCAGUCGUGCCGAGAGCGACUGGCCUAUCCCAGACACCCAGUACACCAAGUUCUUUCUCAAUCCCCACAACAGGCUGUCUCAGGAACCGGACCCUUCUGUUACAACUUGCACAUAUGAUGCACUGAACGGAGAUCCAGUCACUUUCCGAUAUCAAACCCCAUCAACCCUCGAAAUUACCGGUCAUAUCCUCGCCCAUUUGACUGUUUCUUGCUCCAGAUCUACUCCUGACGCUCCCUCUCCAACCGAGAUUGACUUGUUCGUAACCCUACGCAAGCUAGAUGCCGAAGGGAAAGAAGUCUUCUACACCGGUACUAUGGGGGAUCCCGUGCCUAUUGUAAAGGGUUGGCUACGUACAUCGCUACGGAAGGUCAACGCCAAUCACCCAUUCCAUCAAGAUAUCUUGCCUUACCGCGACUACUUCAGCAGUGAUGUGCAGCCCGUCAAGGAAGGCGAGAAGUAUGAGGUUGACGUGGAAGUGUGGCCGACUAAUACUAUUCUGGAGCCUAACGAAACGCUAGUACUCGAGAUUGCAGGGCAUGAUACUCAGGGUGUGGGUAAAUUCUCCCAUGAGCACCCCGAGGACCGGGACCCGAAGGCACUGGGUGGACUCAACCACAUCCAAGUAGGACAGGAGAAUAGUUUUAUUGUGCUACCUGUCAUUCCAUCCCGAUAG